ACCUCUCUGACCUGUGGUUGAACGUCAGUUUUGACUUUUGAAAACUUUUGUUGUUCACAAAUUUGAGGAGUUUUUUCUGGUUGAAAACAUUCGAAAACCCAGUGUUAAGCGAAUUCUGCAAUAAUGGCAGAACGAGUGCUAGAUGCAGACGGGUGGCUGGAAGAGGCCCAAGGUUUAAUCAGCGACGUCAAAGACCACGUAAAACGUAUCGAAGUAUCCAAAGCCCUAACCAGCACCAAUUCGCGGAUAUACCUCAACGUGGAAACUCUCGAAGGUGGUAAAUACACGUUUGAACUGACCGUGCAGGGUUUCAGAUUCUGUGGUAAGGAUUUCGACUUGGACAACUGGGAAAACGCCGACUAUUACGAGACGCCGUACGCGUUGCUAAACACAGUGAGCCCCCGGUUUAAAGAGUCCUUUAUGGACCUGGUGUUCAGGAAAUUGGCCUAUUGCAAGUAGCAGCUGAUAGCUGGCUGAGUUAGGUUCGCCUGUAAUUGCAGAAUGGAGCACCGCUGGCCCGCCAGCGCUUUAUUUGUUUCGAAAUUGCAAUGCAAAAUUGUGUAUUUUGUGUGAUUUGUUGACGAGUAAAAUUUUAGUUGAAUUAA